AUGGAUACAGACUGCAGUCAACUCCUCGGAGUUUUCGAGAAAGCAACAGAGCUCAAACUCUGCCCCAAUCGCCUUUGGGCGGUUGCGAAGGAGGAUUUACCAAAGAUUCUCCCAAGUUUCAACUUGGACACGUAUUUUUCAAAUCGGCGUGAGGGGAUUUCAGACCUUAAGGACCAUGGGGAAUGUACAUCCAAUUUCUGCGAAUACUCUCAGCUUGAUUUUACUACGGUGCAACAGCGUCACGAAUGCCAUGAUGCCAAAUGUGGACGAUUACGAAGUCGAUUUCUGAGGUACAGGUUGGAGCGUGCUGUCAGCGAAGGAAGCUCAACGGUCUGGAAUUUGGACGGAACCUCUUUGCUUCAGCAUCCUAUGCCAUACAUGGCCAUUUCUCAUGUUUGGUCUGAUGGGACCGGGAGUGGAGCUUGGAGGGAUAGCGCUGUGAAUGAAUGUUUAUAUGCAUUCUUCAGAGAGAUUGCAGGCCGGUUCCAGUGUCAAGGAAUAUGGUGGGACACCAUUUGCAUUCCUCGGGAAAAGGCUGCACGUAAUAAAGCGAUUCAAGUGAUCCAAACCAAUUACGAGAACGCGCGAGUUACCCUAGUACAUGACUGUUUUCUACGAAACUGGCGGUGGGAUCCCCAAAAUGCUUGUUUUGCCAUCCUCAUGUCGCCUUGGUUUAGUCGAGGCUGGACGGCCCUUGAAUUGGCCAAGUCACGCAAAGUCAAGGUCAUCUUUAAGGGGUCUAAUGGUCCUGUUUUUAAGGACCUAGAUGAAGAAAUUCUUGCAAAGGAGGACGAGCCUGAUGGUCCCCGCAAGUUUGCAUCACGGAUCAUUCAGCAUCUCCGAGACAAAAUCAACACCCUGAACGACCUCUUGAGCGUUUUAAGCGCAAGAUAUACAUCUUGGCCGAAGGAUAUGGCUAUGAUCGCUGCACUUUUAGUGGGUGUGAAGCCUCAAGACCAGCAACAAGAGACAUAUAAGAGUAUCAUUAAGCAAUUCGGCUGGAUUGCACCCGGUCACCUAUUUCACAACUCGUUUACUAUGUCUAAUGGGUUCAGUUGGUGUCCGGCCAACUUAUUUGAUAUUCCUUUAGACUCUUCGCCUCCAUCCUUGUUUGUUUCCCCAACUGGAUAUGUUAUAGGAAAGUGGCGUGUGAGUCGUGUGAGAGCAGGCCUUGAAAAAACUUGCUGGUGGGGUCGUACCCAUGCCCUGAUAAGGCUUGAACUCCAACACGCUCUCGAAUCUCCUGGGAAUUGUCGGCUCUUAGCCGAGUGCAGUACCUCCUUAGUUGAAAAGGCUUUGCUUGUUCGAAAGACGGGAUGGACUGAUCGCCAUCAGUACAUUGGUGUGUUGUACUUCCGUCAGGUAUUAAACACAGCCACCGAUGACUGGGUUGAAAAAGAAGUGAUAAUAUCAAGUUAUAUUAAUGAUCAUCGAGAAGAAGUUUUGAUAGACACCAGCAUUGCCAAAGACUUGAACAUUGACAAUGUUGAUGUUUCCGACUGUGUUUCCAAACCUGAAAGAUUACGCAGUGCGAUAUGGAGGGGAUAUUGGGAUACAUUCAGCUGUCUCAUAGAGUGGAAGCACUUGGAUAUACCAGAUGAGAUAGGACGACGACCACUACAUCUUGCAGCGGAACGAGGAGAUGUGCAAAUGGUUCGGGUUUUGUUGCGCUCUGGAGUGACCUCAAAUCUACAGUGCAAUCAAGGGCGGACAGCGUUACAUAGCGCUGUUUGGGGAGGCUCGACUGCCGUCGUGAACCUUCUGCAAAACAGAAUUGAUGGAAUGACGAAGGACAAGGAUGGAAACAUUGCUCUGCACAUUGCAGCACAGAUGGGAGUUGCAUCUGUUGCAAAAUCUCUCAUAAAUGACAUCACUGGCAAUGCGGCGACUCGUUGCGGUCUGACACCCCUACAUUUUGCUGCCAUAUGGGGCCACAGAGAAGUUAUUAAAUUACUACAAUAUACCCAUAUCAACGCCAUAGAUAGCAGGAUUGGUUUGACGCCGCUUCAUUGUGCAGUUGAAAGCGGAAACAUAGAGGUGGUUGAACUCCUCGUCGAGUAUGGCGCCGAACUCAAUGCAAGACGCAACCUGGUGGGCUGGACCCCCUUGCAUAUCGCCGCGAUGAGCGGGAAUAGGCUCAUUGUCAAAACUUUGCUUGCGGCAGGCGCUGACAGGAUGGCUAAGGACAAAUAUGGUUGGACGCCGCGACAGUUCGCAGAAAUCAAUGAGCAUGUCGAGCUGAUGGAUGUUUUACCCGGCGAGGGCGUUGAUAGCGUCUCAAGACCCGGAGAUCACUGGACCCCCCUACACUGCAAAGCUAUCAACAAUGACCGUGGCAUAGCGAAGUUGCUGAUAGAGAGGGAUAUUGAUACGUACCUAACCCUUCCUAAGAAGGAUCGGUUCUCACCACUAAGAUUCGCGGCAGAGAACGAACUCGGAACGGCAACCGAGUGGCUAUUUUGGCAGGACGAUCACUGGCUGAAAGAAUCCAAGAUAAUGACGCUGAAUUGGGCUGCGGAAAGAGGCUGUAAGGGAUUUACCGAGCGGCUGCUCGAGAAUGGCGCUAAGACGGAGCGUGGGAAAAAUUCGGGCACCACACCGCUACUUAUAGCUUGCCGUUAUGGUCACGAAGCAAUUGUACAGUUGCUACUUGAAGCAAAUGCAAACAAAGAAGCAAGAAGUACGUCGGGAAAGACGCCUUUGCAUGUUUCAGCCAUUGCCGGGCACGACUCAAUUGUGUGGUUACUGCUAGAGUUUGGCGCCGACAAGCUCGCCAAUUCUUGGUCUUUAAAAACCCCCUUGCAAUAUGCUACACACCAUGGGCACCAGGGGGUAGCCCGUCUCUUAAUUGACGCCGGUGCCUCUAUGGAUGCUUGUACUAUAGACCCAAAAGAUCAGUUGAGAGUCGCUUAUCGAGACGGGCACAACAAAAGCUUUCAGCUGCAGCUCGGGUCUUGCAAAAUCAAACUCUUUGUGAAUCAAAGCGCUGGGGAUCGUGGUGGUAAGGUUUCCAAUUUCAUUUCAAAUGGCAAUGUAGAUGACUAUGAGGAUGACGGCGAGGAUGGUGACGAGGACAGUGACGAGGAUAGUGACGAGGAUAGUGACGAGGAUAGCGACGAUGAUAGCGACGAGGAUAGUGACGAGGAUAGCGGUGAUAGGAAUGUGGUUGUCUCUGCGCACGACUGA